AUGUGGGCGCCGGACAAGUCCACGGCGCCUCCCCCCAAGAUGGACAGCCGCUACACCAGCACUGCGGGCAUCGGGGACUUGAACCAGCUGAGCGCGGCCAUCCCGGCCACGCGGGUGGAGGUGUCCGUGUCCUGCAGAAAUCUUCUUGACAGAGACACAUUCUCUAAAUCUGAUCCAAUUUGUGUCUUAUAUGUACAAGGAGUUGGAAAUAAAGAAUGGAGAGAGUUUGGAAGAACUGAAGUGAUUGAUAAUACCUUAAAUCCUGAUUUUGUACGAAAAUUUAUCCUGGACUACUUUUUUGAAGAAAGGGAGAACCUUCGUUUUGACUUGUAUGACGUUGAUUCCAAGAGCCCCAACCUGUCCAAACAUGACUUUCUGGGACAAGUGUUUUGUACAUUGGGGGAGAUUGUUGGUUCUCAGGGAAGUCGCCUGGAAAAGCCAAUAGUAGGAAUUCCAGGGAGGAAAUGUGGUACAAUCAUACUUACAGCAGAGGAAUUAAACUGUUGUAGGGAUGCUGUUCUGAUGCAAUUUUGUGCGAACAAAUUGGACAAGAAGGACUUCUUUGGAAAAUCAGAUCCUUUUCUUGUUUUUUAUCGAAGUAAUGAAGAUGGCAGUUUUACAAUUUGUCAUAAAACAGAAGUCGUCAAAAACACUCUAAAUCCUGUAUGGCAAGCAUUCAAGAUCUCAGUCAGAGCAUUAUGUAAUGGUGAUUAUGACAGAACAAUCAAAGUAGAAGUAUAUGACUGGGAUCGAGAUGGGAGUCAUGAUUUCAUUGGAGAAUUUACCACAAGCUAUAGGGAACUUUCUAGAGGACAAUCGCAAUUCAACGUAUAUGAGGUGGUGAAUCCCAAAAAAAAAGGAAAAAAGAAAAAAUAUACUAAUUCAGGAACAGUAACCUUACUCUCUUUUUUGGUAGAAACAGAAGUUUCAUUCCUUGAUUAUAUUAAAGGAGGAACGCAAAUCAAUUUCACAGUGGCUAUUGAUUUUACAGCAUCAAAUGGCAACCCUGCCCAGCCCACUUCUCUCCACUACAUGAAUCCUUACCAGCUGAACGCCUAUGGAAUGGCACUGAAAGCAGUGGGAGAAAUUGUUCAAGAUUACGACAGUGAUAAAAUGUUCCCAGCUCUAGGCUUUGGUGCAAAACUGCCUCCAGAUGGAAGGAUAUCUCAUGAAUUUGCUUUGAAUGGGAACCCUCAAAACCCCUACUGUGAUGGCAUUGAGGGGGUCAUGGAGGCUUAUUACCGGAGUCUGAAAUCUGUACAACUGUAUGGGCCAACCAACUUUGCUCCUGUAAUUAAUCAUGUAGCAAGAUACGCCUCUUCUGUAAAAGACGGUUCCCAGUAUUUUGUGCUCCUGAUUGUGACGGAUGGUGUUAUCUCAGAUAUGGCUCAAACCAAGGAGUCCAUAGUCAAUGCUUCAAAACUUCCAAUGUCAAUAAUUAUAGUAGGUGUUGGACCAGCAGAAUUUGAUGCGAUGGUUGAAUUGGAUGGAGAUGAUGUAAGAGUUUCCUCCAGGGGAAAAUAUGCUGAAAGAGACAUUGUACAGUUCGUGCCGUUCCGGGAUUAUAUUGACAGAAGCGGAAACCACAUACUGAGCAUGGCCAGAUUGGCUAAAGACGUCCUAGCUGAGAUCCCGGAGCAGUUCCUCUCCUACAUGCGGGCCCGCGGAAUCAAGCCAUCCCCCGCGCCGCCCCCCUACACCCCGCCUACACACGUGUUACAGACUCAGAUAUGA